AUGGCAGCGAUCGCAGCGAUUUUCGAUCAGCUUAACCCCGGCGCCGUGGUGGUAUUGCCCGACGACUGUUACCAAGGUGUCACCUCGCUGGCGCUGCGUGGACAGCGCAAAGGCCUAUGGCAGGUUGAGCAGUUGGCUGUCGACGACACGCCAGCCUGGCUAGACGCUGCCAGGCGAGCUGACCUGAUCUGGCUGGAAUCACCGAGCAACCCGUUGCUGAUCAUCGCUGAUCUAGUGACUAUCUGCGCCGCACCGAGAAAGUCCGGCGCGUUGCUGGUGGUCGACAACACCUUCGCUACCCCGCUCAACCAGCAACCCCUGAGCCUCGGUGCAGAUGUUUCGGUGCAGUCUGCGACCAAGUACCUCGGGGGCCACUCGGAUUUGUUAGCCGGGAUCGCCACAACGGCCGACGAGGCCCUAGCUGGUGCGCUCAGAUCCAGUCGCACCCAGAAUGGCGCAACACCCGGAACGUUGGAGGCAUUUCUGACUGUGCGAGGGCUGCGAACACUGGCGCUACGGUUGGAGCGGGCUCAAACUACGGCGCUGCUGCUAGCCGAGCGGUUACAGGCUCACGACCGCGUUACCAGCGUUCGCUACCCGGGGCUAGCUUCGCACCCUCAACAUGCAAUGGCAGCAACGCAGCUGGGCGGGUUUGGUAGCGUCAUUUCGUUCGAAGUUGCUGGCACUGCGAUCGAAGCCGACCAGGUCUGCCACCGCACUCACUUGAUUCAACACGCCACCAGCUUGGGUUCGGUAGAAUCCACCAUGGAGCGUCGCGGCGCCGUACCCGGACAAGAGCACUUGCCCGAAACGCUGUUGAGGCUAAGCGUGGGUAUCGAAAACCCCGCUGACCUCUGGGCCGAUCUGACGCAGACGCUGGAUGCUUCGGCCGACUGCUGA